ACGUUGGAAUGAUGCGUUGCGCUCCGGCGGAAUAAUGGAGGGACACAUGCGAAACUGGAGCAAGUGAUGGCGAACAUUAACAUGAAUUAAAAAAACACCGUAAAUUGUUUUUAAGACUGGAACUGUGGAUAUAAUGUUGUAAUGAUCUUCAGUGGAGGUUUAAAAAACAAGAAGCACAGGAAGAAGUUCACGAACGCACGAAGAGCUUAUGAACUUCUAAUCUAUCUCACUGCUGUGAAUGAAGUGCUCCGCAAACUCCAUCGCCAUGGAAAACUGUACGUAAUACCCGUUCAGAUUUAUCCUAAAAAAAAAGGUAACAUGAUACGCAUGGAUUUUGCUUCAGAUGAACAUUGUUAAUGUGGACCAAACCGCAGGAGCAUCUAGAUUUAGGAGCGCAGGGUCAAUAGAGGACAGCAGGUGGGGGAAUGCCAGGAGAAGACGACUUUCCCGAUGGAGAAGAGGAAAACUCUUCUCCAGGCUCCAGCGAGCAGGCAGGGCAAGCGGACCAAACGAACAUCGGGCAGGACCCGAGCACCAGUGGACCCGGCUCAGGAGAGGAGGAGGAUGGCGAUGAACGGCGUGGAGGCGAACGUUCAGGAGGGCAGCAGGUGCAGGAUGAUGUGGAUAUGAACAGCGGUCAUGACUCCAGCAGCUGUAAUGACAGCAUCGGUGGAUCACGACAUCAUCGCUCAUCCUCGGCCAAUUGCAGCCCCGGAAGCACCACGGGAUCAGGGAGCACCAAGAGCUCAAAAUCUGCUACUGGUUCCUCAUCAUCCAGUUCCCACAGCUCUCAUCAUACAGAGUGCAGUGAGCAGACAGAACACGGCCGUGAGCAGACGCACAGAGAGAUGAUGCAGACGGUCCAGGAGAUGAAGAAGCGUCUGCCGUCUGAGAAGAGGAUGCGCAGUAAACCCAGUACUGUCGAAGCUCUGCACUAUGCACUAAACUGUGUCAAACAAGUCCAAGCAAACAGCGAGUACUACAACUUACUGAUGAGCAGGGGUGUGGAGGAGAGGAGAGACGCGACUGUGUGCACACUAGAAGAGAUGGAGAGGAUCACAUCAGAACACACGCUGAAAAACGCGGACACAUUUGUGGUGGUUUUCUCUUUGACUACCGGGAAGGUUGUUUACGCGUCAGAACAGGCGUCCAGCGUGCUGCAUUGCAAGCGCAAGUUUCUGGAAUCUGCAAGGUUUGUGGAGCUGCUGUACCACCAGGAUGUCAACGUGUUUUACUCGCACACCGCGCAGCCACGUUUGCCGCCCUGGCACGUGGGCACAGACAGCGUUGCAGUUUUGUUUGAAUGCGCCCAGGUCAAAUCUUUCUUCUGUCGAAUCAGAGGAGGGAAAGACAGAGAUGGAGAGAUGCGCUACAGUCCGUUUCGCAUCACGCCGUACCUGCUGAAAGUUCAAGGGUCGAGGGGAGAACCAGAACCGUGCUGUCUGGCCCUGGCUGAACGCAUCAUCUCAGGAUAUGAGGCCCCACGCAUUCCUAUGGACAAGCGGAUAUUUAGCACAACACACUCCCCUGGCUGUAUAUUUUUAGAAGUGGAUGACCGUGCGGUGCCGUUGCUCGGUUAUCUUCCUCAGGAUCUGAUUGGUACCUCAAUGCUGACCUGUUUGCAUCCGGAUGAUCGUCUGCUGAUGCUGGCCAUGCACCGCAAAAUCCUGAAGUACGCGGGUCAGCCUCCGUUUGAGCAUUCGCCCAUCCGCUUCCGCUGUCAGAAUGGAGACUACGUUACUUUGGACUCCAGCUGGUCCAGUUUUAUUAACCCUUGGAGCCGCAAGGUGGCCUUCAUCAUUGGCAGACACAAAGUUCACACUGGACCGUUGAAUGAGGAUGUUUUUGCUGCGAGGGAUAAAGCUGAACAGGCGGUCAUGUGUGAGGAAGUCAAAGAGCUUCAGGCUAUGAUCUACAAACUCUUCCUGCAGCCUGUUCAUAACAAUGGUUCGAGUGGCUACGGAAGUUUGGGCAGUAAUGGCUCUCAUGAGCAUUACAUCAGUGUGGCGUCAUCCAGCGACAGUAAUGGGAACCUCUGGGAGGAUUCACACCGAGAACCAAUGACAUUGCAGCAGAUAUGUGCUGAUGUCAAUAAAGUGAAGAACUGGGGUCAGCAAGCGUUUCUCGACUCCAGACAGAAACUUACACCACUUCAGCCAGCCACUGCAGUGUCAAGAGGCAGCGGUCUGCCCAACAGCAGUCCGAGUUUGGGAAUCAGAGAUCAUCUGAAGCAGUCUUUACAGGAGGCCAGAAAACAACCGCACAUUCCUUCCUACCAGCAGAUCAACUGUGUGGACAGUAUCAUCAGAUAUUUGGAGAGCUGUACCACAUCUGCUCUAAAACGAAAGAGUGAAUCUCGGUCAAUAGCUACCUCCUCAUCUUCCUCCAUGUCUGAGGAAGAUAAACCACCAGCAGCCGCACAUGAAGAUCCUGCCAACACUGAUGAGACUGCCAUCGAGGUCGGCAGGGUGCUGGACAGUCAGGUGUCAGCGAGUUCGGCCACGGCAGCUGCGGUGGUUGGAGCUCCGCUUACGGACAUCACGCUGUCCACAGAAGCCAUGAGCGUGGUGUCCGUCACCAGUCAAUGCAGUUAUAGUAGCACCAUAGUGCAUGUGCCACAACCCGAGUCAGAAGUCACUGCCUUAGAAGACGCUCCAAUGGGGAGCGAGCCAACAGACUCCGCCCCCACCCCUGCACGCCCCGCCCCCAGUACAUCCUCAGCAGCUCAGGAGGAGUUAUUGGUUGUGGGACUCACGAAGGAGGUGCUGUCGGCCCACACCCAGAAAGAGGAGCAGCAGUUUGUGGAUCGUUUCCGACAUCGAAUCCUGCAGAGUCCCUACAGCUCAUACCUCGAACAGGACAACAGCAGCAUGGCCCACUCCCAUCACAGAGGUGUCCGACCUCCAAACAAACACAAGCGACCCAAACCAGAGGACUCAUCCGACAGCUAUGGUUCACAGCCGGGCAACUUCUGGUCACUUCCCAGGCCCACAGGAGCUCCGCAUUCCUCGUGGCCUUCCUCCGAGUCAUCUCAGCCUCAGCCAUCCAACAUCGGCUUUGUGCCCCCCAUGCAAACGACUCCAUACUUUACAGUCGCGCAGCAGUCAGGGAUGCCCAUGAUGGUUCAACCUGACCAGGGUGUCCAGAACCUCCAACCCAUGAACCCCUUUAUGUUCGUCCUACUCCCUGGCUACCCCACCUACCCUCCCAACUUUGGCAUGUAUCCCCAGGGUAUGCCUGUCGCGGGACCCGGGUUUGUUCCCCAGCCCCCCUAUAAUAUGGGAGGCUACGUCCUACCCGGUGCCCCCAUGCCACAGGGGUCUCCAUUGCAGGGGCAUCUCGCAGGGUUCUCCGCCACAGGAGUUGGAAGGCCUCAGGGUGCCAACCCAGAGGUCGAUUCGAUACCAACACCUUGGUUUGGGGAAGACUUGGAUGCAGCACAGCCCACGGCUCUCUUUUCCAGCUCACGCUCCAGCUCGCCGAUCCAGCUCAACCUGCUUCAGGAAGAGCUGACCAAACCCUCAGAACCACAAAACACCACCGGUCCGGAGAGUCUGCAUGACCACCAUGCCAAAGCGGACGAUGUUCCCAGUGAUUCGGGUAACCAGGACGCUAAUUCUACCUCCAGUGAAAUGCUUGACCAGCUCCUACAGGAGGACGCCCGCUCAGGAACCGGAUCCAACGCCUCAGGCAGCGGCUCUGGAGAGUCCGGAGGGUCUUUGGGGUCCGGAUCUGGACUCUGUUCUAAUGGAACCUCCACCAGCCAUACCGGCAGCAGCAACAGCAGCAAGUACUUCGCCAGCAACGAUUCAUCAGACACGUCGCGAAAAGCACGGAAGUCCGCGGAGGUCCAGGAAAGAGACCGUACGACCUUCCAGAAGCAUCCGCUCCUUCAGGAAGACAACCCGCUGUGGAACAUGAUCAACCAAACCCCAGAAUCCGUCAUGAUGACCUAUCAGAUCAACCCCAGGGAUCAGGCGCAGGUCCUGCAAGAGGAUCGGGAAAAACUGCUUCUGAUGCAGCCCAUGCAACCCUGGUUCACCCAGGAACAGAAGAAAGAGCUGGUUGAGGUUCAUCCGUGGAUCCGGCACCGCACGCUCCCGCAGGAGAUAGACACACAGGGAUGUGUGAGUUGUACCAAUUCUCCCAUGGAACCAGGAGAGGAACUUGCUCUUCAAAGCGACUCUCCAGACCUUCCCACGCCUGACAGCCCCUCUCUACGAGAAUGCUUGUCACAUGACACCAGCACAGAUACCUGAUCGCAGUACCAAAACAGUUGAUCUAUCAUCUUUGGACCUGAUGGACAAACGGUCACCCACGUCAUAACUCUGCCCAAAGACACAAACUAUAUACCAUCACAGGAGACGUCCAGUUUUCAUUCUCGUGACCUGCAGUCAUCAUUUCUCCACUGUUUGCAGACUAUAGACCCCAACAACUGUGAAGAUCUGACUGUGAUUUGGCACUGAUGUCGUAUUCAUCCCUGUGUUUUAGAAAUUUGCCUUUUUUAUUGUUUUUCUAGAAAAAAGUGUAUUAUAUGAAUGUGUUCUCCAGCGUUUCUAUGACAUUUAAUACGACCGACUGAAGCCUACAUCUCAUCGGCUGUGGGGAAGUGAGCCCUUGUCUAAUGCCUGGCAAGAUUUAAGCACCAAGCCUAAAAGCAUCUAUAGAUGCACAAGAUAAACUAAAAAACUCAUUUGUACCCAGUUUCACUGUCCACGGUGUAAAGAAAAAUAUUAACUGAUAUUUAUUUUACAACUUCAUCUCAGUCUUGUGUUGGUCUUCUUUCGACUUAAGGGGGUCGCACACCGGAUGCGUCUACACUGCAAAAAAUGAUUUUCUUAGUAUUUUUGUCUUGUUUUCAGUAAAAAUAUCGAAAAAUUCUUAAAUUAAGAUGCUUUUUCUUGAUGAGCAAAACGACCCAAGAAAAGAAGUCUAGUUUUUAGACCAAAAAUAUCAUAUUUAAGUGAUUUUGUGCAUAAAACAAGCAAAAAAAUCUGCCAAUGGAGUAAGCUAAUUUUUCAAAAAAUUUUCUUGAAUUUAGCGUGUUAAGAAAAUUCAAUUUUCUUGAAUUUAAUGUUUAAGGAAAAUGCUCAAGAUUUUUUUGCUUACCCCAUUGGCAGAUUUUUUUGCUUGUUUUAUGCACAAAAUCACUUAAAUUUGAUAUUUUUGGUCUAAAAACUAGAUUUAUUUUCUUGGGUCGUUUUGCUCAUCAAGAAAAAGCAUCUUAAUUUAAGAAUUUUUAGAUAUUUUUACUGAAAACAAGACAAAAGCAAUGUGUUUGAUUUUUUUGUACGACUCCCUUUACUUUGCCUGUACCUAUUUUUUUUUCAUCCCCAUUUAAACAAAAAAGUUCAUAUAAAAUUGUCUUGAAGAUGUGAUGACAAUCUUUCACUUGAGAAAAUGUUUCCCAUCUAAAGUGAAUAUUUGAAUGUCAGUAUUAGUUUAAUUUUAAAUCAUAUUUUUCUACUACAUAUGUGACCUAAGAUAUGUAUUGAUCUGGUGUAAAACUUAAAAUAAUGUUUAUGGAUUCAGGCAUAACAUGAAUUUUACUAAACCUGUUGAGAACCUGUCCAGUUUAUAUUUCACUUUAAAAUCAAAGAGAAAAAUAACAAAAUAUAUGAAGAGCUCAGAUGCAAAAGCUGCUAAACGCCACCUCUGUCAAAAUGUUCAUAUACGUUUAUUAAAUACUUUCACUUCAAAUCUGCUUAAUCCCGACCUCAUGCCACACAGAAAUACUGGUUUGUUGGGAGAAACUGAUGAAUGUGAAAUAACUGUGGAUCACAUUUAAAUUUGCAUCUCUUGUGAGUACUUGGACAUGAAUACAACAUGAAUGUGGCAGCCAUGUGCAUCCCUAAUGUGUGUUUCAUUUUCUUCAUUUAUACCUUUUGUAUUAUUGCGUUCAUUAUUUGCAAUGCUUCUAGUUGCAUCUUUAGUGAUUUUGCAACUGUUUAUUAUUGCUAGUCCAAAGUGUAUUUUGUUUAGAAGUGGAGGUUUUUGCCACAAAAACAUGAAUGCACUUAGAGGGUUUCGCAGCGAAGGACAAUCAAAUUUGUUAAAUACCAAUGAAAUGACUAAAGUGACAUUUGUGAAAAUUAGGCAUUUCAAAUACUGAAUAAUAACUUUUUCAUUGCCAUUAAAGCAAAAUUACUGAAUCUAAACACAAGAGCCUGACAUAAAAUUUAGAGGCACUUAGAGGGUUUUGCAUCUAAACUCUUUCUAUUUUGCAUAAGGGCAAUGAAUCCUGUUUUGGGGACUGUUAGGAUUUGUUGAUUUGAAAGCAAGGUACAGUAAAAAAAAGUGUUUUGUUAAUACUGGGGUGAAAUGUGAGUCUUUACAUCAUACAUUACAGAACAGCUUAUUCAAAAUUAUGUCCACCGUACAGUAAAUCUCACCAAACCCCUGACCUCUCUUUUGAUAUACUUUUAAUUUAUUUAAAGGUGUACAGUGUGUAUCCGAAGUGAUGUGUGUGUCAUUAUGAGAUGUGUGUUCAUGUGGUGUUCACUUGUCACAACUAGAACAAGUUUUUAGUGAUGUCCCGCAGGGAUCAGAUUACAGAACCAUCAGUCCCAUAAAAUAAAUUACUUCUGUUUUGUACAGUUUAUAUCAGAAAUACAUUUUUGUACAGUUUUUAGAAGAAAGCAAAUGUAAAUAACCGUAUAAUGUAUUUUACUUGUAUAAAAGAAGCCAUUUUGUCUUCAAUUCAGGGAAAUAUUUGUGACACCACAUGAUGACUAUAUGAAUAAAAGACCACGGUGACUUGAA